CACUGAAAAGACUGCCCUUUUUGAGGAACAGACCGAAGGAAAAAGACAAAAUGAAGGCCUUCUACCGUCGCUCCAUGUCCAUGAAUGACCUGGUGCAGUCCAUGGUCCUAGCAGGAGGACAAUGGACAGGUAGUUCUGAGCAUCUGGAGGGUCCUGAUGAUAUAUCUGCGGGUAAAAGGAGGAAAGAAUUGGGAGCUAUGGCCUUCUCUACUACAGCUAUCAACUUUGCAACUGUCAACUCUUCUACAGGCUUCAGAUCCAAGCAGUUGCUAAAUAAUAAAGAUACUACAUCCUUUGAAGAUGUAAGUCCACAAGGUAUUAGUGAUGAUUCUAGUACAGGAUCAAGAGUUCAUGGUAAGAUGUGGAUUUUAAUUAAAUGAAUUAAGGAUAUAUUAUGUGAAUGUUAACAAAGUUUGCAAAAAAAAGUGAAUGGCAUCAUUACAAGUGAGCAUGCUUUCUGUGAUUUGCAUAUCUCUUGAAUGUAAAGUUUCAUUUCUUCAGAUUACUCUUUUCUUUCUUGACUACUACAUCAGAUAGAUGUUCUAUACCUCUAGUAGAAAGUACCUGUGAAGUGCAUCUGAACAGGAU